GGGAGCAGAAGGACUGAUCCCUCGCCUGAAGAGGUCAUUCUGUCUUUGGCUGCCACUUGUUGCUGUAAUCGGGCUACUACAUUCGCCGAGAAGUCAUUAAUUAAAUACGGCGUUUUCCUCGCGAUCUCAAUGUUCGGUCAGCAGCUUACACACUUCUAACGCGUUUAAAGGGAUUACUUUUGAACAAUAUCGUGUCGUCACAACUCGAGGAAGAAGCAUGGUUGAAAACACCAGUAUAGCAACAAAAUCUGCUCUGCAAGCAGCUUUCUCAACGGCGAAAAACCAUCCGCUCCUGGCGUCUGCCCACCACCACAUCUCCGGCUCACAGUCCCAUCCGCCAAGCGGAGGCAUGAAGUUGGAGGCGGUCAUGGAAAACCUCCAGCGACAACAGGCUGCGCGCCUGGCUCUAGAGGAGAAACUCCGCCAUUCAGUGAAAGAAAAAGGGGUCCGGGCCAUAGUGGAGUCUCAGAUGCAGCAACAAGCCAUAGCCUUCCACCAGUAUCAGGCAGCAGUCCGGGGCUCUUUAGCCGCAGGAGCACCUGAUUCACGUUCGGCUGCAAACUCACCCUACCUUGCGCGUCACGCGUUGCACAGGCGAACAGAGUCAUCGGAUGAUCCCGACACAGACGAUGAACCAGCGUACAGUCACUGGGAGGACGCUGAAGAUCAGUAUCUUGAGGAAGAUGACUUUAAAGACCACAGGGUCGUGGAUGAAGACACUGACGAAGACUUAACAAACUUGCCCCGCCACUCACUCCAAAAGAAAGACGGACAUGAUCCUAAGGGAGUCGCCGUGCAUGUGCUCUCUGGUGUCGGCUUGCCAUCGUAUCCCGCGCCGAAGCAACCAGUUUCACCUGGGGGAGUGGCAGCGCAUAUACAAACACACCAGCACGAAUGGACUUACGAAGAGCAAUUUAAACAGCUGUAUGAGUUGGAUGGUGAUGAAAAACGAAAAGAAUUUCUUGAUGAUCUCUUCAGCUUCAUGCAGAGGAGAGGGACUCCAGUGAAUCGGAUUCCUAUCAUGGCCAAGCAGGUGUUGGAUCUCUACACUCUGUACAAGCUUGUGACAGAAAAAGGCGGCUUAGUAGAAGUCAUCAAUAAGAAGAUAUGGCGUGAGAUCACCAAAGGCCUAAACCUCCCUACCUCUAUUACUAGUGCAGCUUUCACUCUCAGAACACAGUAUGUGAAGUAUCUCUAUCCCUAUGAAUGUGAAAAGAGGGGGCUGAGCUCUCCGGAUGAGCUCCAGGCAGCUAUUGACGGUAACCGGAGGGAGGGGCGCAGGCAGGGCUAUGGGUCGGCCUUAUUCAACUACUCCCCGGUCGGGACGCCCACCAUCCUCUCCUCGCCAAAGAUCCAGAUGCCUCCGAUGUCUAUGACCACAGCCAAUGGCAGCCACAUCGCACAGGCCUUAUUCAUCAAGAAAGAAGAGCCCAUGCUGUCCAGCUGCAGGCCCGGUCACCUGGCCAUCCCCAUACCUCUCUCCGGGCAGCACAUGGCAGCGGCGCAGGCGGCUGCAGCUGCACAGGCGUUAGCGCUGGAGCAGCUGCGGGAAGAGCUGGAGUCCGGCGAGCCCCCGGAGAAGAAGAUGAUGCUGCUGGCCGAGGAGCAGCAGAGGAUAAUGCAGCACAGGCUCCAGCAGAACCUGUUCGCCAUGGCAACACAGCUGCCAAUGAACAUCAAGCUCAACAGCAGAGAUGACAGACAAGAGACUGCAUUGAACCUGUCUACCAACUGCAUUAGCAGCAUCAACAUGUCAAUAGAAAUAAAUGGAGUUGUCUACACAGGUCUCCUUUUUGGUCGGAAGCAAGCCAUUCCAGUCACGCCGGGAAAUAACGGGAGCAGCCUCUUCACCUCUCAGGGAAAAUCCGGUCCAGGUUUGCCAGCUCACAUCCAGUCAUCGUCCUCCUCCUCCUCAUCCCAUGGACACGCCUCCAGUAGCUCCUCGCCCUAAGCAGCGCUGACCUUUGCCUCAAACCGCCAACCAUUCCCUAAAUCACAAAUUCUACAGUCUGUGAAAGUAAUACAGAGAAUUAAGGGGUUUUGAGGAUGAAUAAUUUUUUCCUGGUGAAACAAUCAAGUGAUUCUACAUGAAC